GAAGCAUUCAGCUUCCUCCUUCCCCCUUCAUGAUAACAAAAGGAGCAUUCAGAUAAGACCGCUUGACAGAUCCUUCGUUACUGAUUUCUUUAAGCGAGGGCUUUGAAUGGGGAGGCUGAGAGCGAAAAAGAGAAAAAUGACUCAAGACUACCACCCGAUUUUGGUCAACCUCGAGCCUGUCGAUCAAGGAACCCGAGACAUCGUUCUUUGCAAAAAUGAGUUCAAGAUAGGCAGAGGAUUGAAUAAUGACGAGGUCAUAUCAAACUUGUCAAUAUCACGCAGCCAGUGCGUCCUGCGUAGAGACGAUAAAGGCAACUGGACGAUAACAGAUUUAAGCUCCUGUUGUACAUUUCUAAAUGGGGAACCUCUCGGACGAGGUGUCACCAGAGAGAUUCGUAUAGGAGAUACCGUACAGUUUAGCCCUAUGGUCGAGUAUAAAUAUGUGUUCACUGUCGAUGCCAAGGAAGUUAACAGGGAACUGAAGAAACGUCGAGCCGACAAACAAGUGUUCAACCACAUUCUAUUGGAACAGAAGACAUUCUUAGAAACAAAUCAGGUACAACGAAAGGAGCUGGAAAACAAAUUGGAAGCCGAACAGAAGAAACAGCAAGAACUGAAACUUAAGCUGAAGGAACUGUUGGAAAGUCAGGAUGUUGGGAGUGACGAUAAUCACCAGAGAAUCGAUACCUUAAAGCGAAACAUUGAAGCUGGUAAUAUUGCUGAAUCCCUUCUACGAAAGUCAUAUUAUGAGCUACUUGAGAAAUUAAAGGAUGAAAGGCUAAAGUUUGAAGCUCGAUUGAACGACGAAAAACAAAAAUGGCAAGAAGCUCUUGAUUCAAGCAAGCAAGAGCAAGCUGCUCUCGAGACCAAUAUGAAGAAGCAGAUGGAAAGCUGGAGAGCGGAACAGGAAGUAGAAUGGAAGAAAGUCAUGGAAAACUCUAUCAAGGAAGAAAAAACGAUACAGAGCAAGCUACUCGAUGAAAAACUGUUACUUGAACAAAAGUUGAAAGAGAUGGAAGAGGCACUCAGGGAAAGCGAAGCAAAGGCAUCGAUGUUGCUUACACAAAAUGAUACCGAUGAUUCAAAAGCUUCAUUGGAUGAUCUUGGCGUUGUCAUAGUCGACAUGGUAGGAACGGACUCACAAAAGGACUUACAAAUUCUGGGUACCAUAGAUCUAACCGUUGAUAGUCCAAGUCCUUCAAGUUCUGAAAUUGGCGCAGGAGAAAAAGUCUUUGACAAAGUUGGCGACAUCAUGGAUGAACAAUUAACGUGCAGCAUUUGCUCGGAACUGUUCAUUAGAGCAAUGACAUUAAACUGCACGCAUACUUUUUGCCAAUAUUGUAUCAGCUCUUGGAUGAAAAAGAGGAAGGAGUGCCCAGUGUGUAGAUGCACAGUUACCUCCUCAACCAGAUCACUUGUGUUGGAUAAUUUCAUUGAAGGAAUGUUGAAUAAUAUGCCAAGUCGUUACAAGAUUCGAAGAGAUGAGGUUCUCGACGAACGGAGAGCCAAAGAAGAACAAGGAGCACGAAGCAGUGUCCGUUGAAAGGACACGCGCCAACAUUAUUCAUAAAGCGAAUGAAGGAGAAAUCUUGAAGUAUGCCACCCCCCUGAUCUUACAAAAAAAAAAAGAAACUGAAAUAUGAAGUCCUGGAGAAAGUUUGCCUGAUCGAUCAGUUUGAUUUCCAGAUUGACAUCAUUGUAAUGCUCCCGUCUUCACAUAUUUACUCCGUUGGAGCCCCUAUCCUGUGAUGACGCGUACGCUGGUUAAUUAGCUCGAGAAAUUGCUGUUAAUUAUUUGCUUACCUCCAACAUAACCAGAUGCUAGAGUUUAAGGUUUGUCACAGCUGCGGCGAACCUUUUGAAGCUAGGGACCCUAGUAGAUGACCCUAUAGUAUCAGCUCUUUAAGUCUACAAGCCUAAGAGCUAUUUUUUAAUAUCUUACAAGUAGCUGUAUCGAUGUAAUUUAGAGGAAUUAUACAUAGCACGUUCGUUCUUUUA